AUGGCAACUAUCCAAUCUAAACAAUCAGAUGAAAAGGAUCCUAAGAAGCAAAAAGGUCUAGAAACAAGAGAAUUAGAAGAGUCUUGCAAUAAACGACGAUAUCCGUGCUCUUUUGAAGGAUGUAAUAAAGCUUUUCAACAACAAGCACAUUUGCGUAUUCAUUUGCGCUGCCAUUCAGGAGAAAAGCCAUUUGUUUGUGAGCAUUGUGGGAAAACGUUUGCACAACUUGGUAAUUUAAAGACUCAUCAAAGACGACACACUGGAGAAAAACCUUAUAUUUGUACUUAUCCAAAUUGCGAAAAGAAAUUCGCACAGAAAGGAAAUCUUCGUGCUCAUAAAUUGAUUCAUGAGGGGAUUCGUCCGUAUGUUUGUCGACUUGAUAAUUGCACAAAGACGUUUACACAGCUUGGAAAUUUAAAGGUUCAUCAAAAUAAAUUUCAUAAUGAAUCUAUCUGUAGAUUAAAUGCAAAGCUUAUGUCUGUUCAAUUACCAAAUCCUGAAGAUGAGCAAUUACUUGACUAUUUUUCAACAUUAUAUCGUUAUUCUAAUCAAGGUAUUAAAGGUCGAGGUAAAGAAAAGAUAGAAUUACCAUUAAAACAAGAAACACAAAGUAUAAACGAUGCUACUGAUGCUUCUGAAGAUUUUUCUGUGAAUUCUCCACAUUUAUCAUCUGCUGAUAAAAUGGUUUCUCAGACUAUAAAACAUGAAAAUUCAUCUAUUACGGACGAUAUAGGUGUUCAUGAAUUACUUCAAUUAAAUCAAGAACAAAUUCAGCAAUUAAUUGCCUUAAAUAAAUUAGAAAAAAUUGUAUCUGAUGAUUUACAAGAUAAUUCGCAAAAUACACUUCAAGAAUUGGAACAAAUUAAUGUUCGUGAUCUUUUAUUGCAGCUUGGUGAUCCUUCAAAUCUGCAUGAUAUGACGGAAUUUCCGUAG